AUGGGUGCGGGUGCUUCAAAAAACAAAAUCACUUCCCAAGACAAGGCUAUUCUCGAUUUGAAAGUACAGAGGGAUAAACUGAAACGAUAUCAAAAGAAUCUCAAUGUUGUUAUUGAUAAAGAAGUAGAAGUAGCUAAACUUGCACUACAACAAGGAAAUAAACAGAAGGCCUUAUUGGCUCUAAAGAAAAAAAAGUAUCAAGUUCAGCUGCUUGAAAAGACAGACCAACAAUUAAUGAAUUUAGAAGAACUUACACAUUCGAUUGAAUACGCUCUUGUCGAGAAACAAGUGUUGGAGGGGCUACAAAAGGGCAAUGAUGUACUAAAGGAAAUUCACAAAGAAACAUCCAUAGAAGCUGUUGAGAAACUCAUGGACGAUACAGCUGAUGCGAUUGCUUAUCAAAAUGAAAUCGAUGAAAUGUUACAUGGAUUAAUAAGUGCUGAAGAAGAGGAGGAAAUAGAACGCGAAUUAAACGAAUUGAGAGAAGAAGAGCUGAACGCCAAGUUACCCGAAGUGCCCAAAAACAAGUUGCCUGAACCUGUAUCUGAUCCUGAAAUACCCAGUGUACCAAAUCAUGUUCCUGCUCCAGUUAAAGCAUCAGCUAAAGAAAAACAAGCAAUGUUGGCCACUUGA